UUGUUAUUCCUGCCAGUCCGGAUGGCAUCCUGACAAUUGCUUGCUUGCACUCAUCCAGCCACGUCCACACCAGCAGCAUGUAUCGUCUGCACUGGAUAUUCGUGGUCUUGUGCGCCCUGCUCUUUGUAGGCCAGGCGUCUGCCGUCCCCGCCGGCACUGAUUUUACAAUCCCACCGCCGUCAGAGCAAUUGCCUCGAGACCGUGCUCAAUUCACCCAGCAGAUACAGGCCCCUUGGCGACCGUGGACGAGACUGAGGGACUCUGUGAUUGAGCGGAUCUGGGGAAUCCCCAAAGAGAAGCAGUCUUAUAACAAAGCCGGUGCGCGGCUUCCGCCUACCAAAGCAUGGAGUCGAUACAGCAGCGACGUAGUCCUACGCUUCAAGCUACAGCAGCCUAAUGAAGUGGAGGCGCUAUCAGAGGCGGUUGAUAUUCUUUUUCUGGAUGUCUGGGAUACGACAGACGAGUUUGUCGACAUUCGACUGGCAAAAGAAGUCAUACCGUCGUUGCUGGGCCUUCUUCCUCAAUCGCUUCAAAAUGAACAUACUCUAUUGAUCGAAGACCUCUCGGGUUUGAUCUACGCUUCAUAUCCGUCUCGCAACUUUGUCCAACUCAACCGCAACUCUCUCUUUCGGUCGUCAAGCGCCACGGAUCUGUUUUUCAGUGACUACCAGCCGUUUUCUGUGAUAUUACACUGGAUGCGUCUCAUGCAGUCGAUGUUUCCAUCUCAUGUGCAGCUGAUAAAUGUCGGUGUUACCGCCGAAGGGCGAGAUAUUCCUGCUUUUCGACUCGGCGUCCGCCCGCUUGGUUCCGCCCAGGAGCCCCGGAAGACUGUGCUAGUAAUUGGAGGUUCACACGCUCGUGAAUGGAUCAGUACAUCUACAGUUGCGUACAUUGCUUUCAAACUGAUGACCGAGUAUGGUAAUUCUCCCACAAUAACAAGGCUAUUAGAGGAGCUCGAUUGGAUAUUUGUUCCUACUAUUAACCCCGACGGAUAUAUUUACACUUGGGAAAUGGAUCGUCUAUGGCGCAAAAACAGACAACAAACCGGUCUUCACUUUUGUCCAGGAAUUGACCUUGACCGUUCCUGGGGUUUUGAGUGGGAUGGUGAGGGAACUCGUGCAAACCCUUGCUCAGAAAGCUACGCCGGCAAUGGGCCUUUCGACAGCGUGGAAACCAAAUCCAUCGCGAGCUGGGCGUACAACCAAACGCAAGAUAGAAAUCUCAAUUUUGUCGGCUUCCUCGAUCUUCAUUCCUACUCUCAACAAAUUCUUUACCCGUACUCGUAUUCGUGUUCGACCGUGCCACCGACCCUUGAAAACCUUGAAGAGCUUGCUUUCGGACUUGCUAAAGCGAUUCGGACGACUAACAGAGAAUCCUACAAGGUCAGAUCAGCCUGCGAAGGGGUUGCAAUGUCGGACAAGUCACAAAACAAAGGCAAACGCCUCUUGGCUGAUGUGGAAAGUACCGGCGGCAGCGCACUAGAUUGGUUUUAUCAUCAUCUCCACGCGAAAUAUUCGUAUCAGAUCAAGCUACGAGAUACAGGAAUGUAUGGUUUCCUUCUGCCUCCUGAGAACAUAGUACCGACCGGCAAGGAACUGUACAAUUCCAUCCUUGUAUUCGGACAUUUCACCUUGGGGGAGGAUAGCACGCAAGAUCUUGACUGGCAGCUAGAUCUCGACGAUUAUGGAAGUUCAGAAGCAGAUUCGGCGGAUAACGCAUUCGACCCUGCUUUCUUCAGAGUUAAUGAAAUCGUGGCGGAUGACUCGAAAGAUGACUACGACUAUUUCUCCGCAGUUGAAGACAACGAGUACAAAGAUGAAGGUGGAGGCCUAUGGUAGUCAAUACGACCAUUUGCGAUUCAUCAAAUAAUAGAAGUUAUUUGAAUUAUGGUUUGAUGAUUUUAGUCUAAUUUGCGAUCAUACUUCUGGCGUUUGGGUGGCAUUUUGAAAACAACUUGGUUGGUCUGGAUUGGACGAUAUGUCCGAUGCGUUGUUAGUAACACCUGUACGGCCUACGUCGAUAAUCUUCAGUGUCAAGUAGAUGCACUAUAAUUUUAAAAUAUCAUAUAUGCUAUUAUUGUAUCACGAA